AUGAGACCCGUGUUCCUGCAUGCAAUCAUUAGCAUUGGAAUAGUUGUUGCUGAUUCCGCUAUUUUCAAAAUAGCUUCUAAGCUAGAGCCUACCAAAUUCUUCACUGGGGAAUAUAACAUGAUAAUGUCGAGUACAGAACCCGCUUUGGAGUUCGUAAAGUGGAAUACAAGCAUUGGUGGCCAGUACAUGAUUCAGGGCGUUGACUCUAAAAAAUAUUUGGACAUUGAAAACAAUGUGAGAGAUUUGGUUAUAUGGCCUACCAGUGUCCCAGCCAAUCAAAGGCAGUUUAUGUUUCUUAGAACAGACCCUGUAGAGCCUGGAUUCCAAAUCAUAACCUUCAAGAGUAGCAGUCUAAACGAUUUAAUGUGCUUGCAAUACGACCAGACUACUGGAAAAAUCACUAGAGAGACAUGCUCUCCAGAUAAUCCUCAACAGAUUUUUAUAUUUGAUCACGACAUUGUCAGUAAUAUUGAAACAGAGGAGAGGAUGGCUCUAGAGCGCCAGCGCCACUGCCCAGGUGGAGACUACAGCAAGUGCGGAAAACCAAAUAUAGUCAUUAUCAACAAGACAUCUGAUGACAUCACACAUCCGCACAGCCAUGCAUCACGUUUAUCCCAUUCGCAUGGACACCUAAACAACCAUAGCCAUGGCCAUAAUUAUUUCUCGCAUCUUAAUCUCUUGGAUAAUAACUACUAG